AUGGGGCCAGAAGAGGAAGAGGAAGAGGAGCAAGGAGAAGCAGCAGAAGCGGCGCUGCGGGCCGUGUUCCCCCGCGACCCCGCGCUCUUUGCCGAGCUGUUCCCGGAGCGGCGCCGGUUCCGGCUGUGCGGGCGCGUCCUGCACAUCGCGGAGCACCACGGGCCGCGGCUCGGGCCGGCCGGGGCCGUCUGGGAGGCGGCCCUGUCCCUGUGCCGGUUCCUGGGCGAGCAGAACCUGGAGCUGGCGGGGCGGCGGGUUCUGGAGCUGGGGGCCGGUACCGGCAUCGUGGGAAUCUUCGCUGCCAUGCUGGGGGCGGAGGUGACGCUCACGGACCGGCCGCCGGCGCUGCCGCAGCUGCGGGAGAACGCGCGGCGGAACUUCCCGGGCGGCGCGGGGGAGCCUCGGGUGCGGGCGCUGCGCUGGGGGCGGGACCAGCGCCGCUUCCCCCCCAAAUUCCACCUCAUCCUGGGCUCCGACAUCGUGUACGACCUCCGCGCCUUCGCCCCGCUCCUGGGCACCCUCCGGCACCUCGUGGUGCCCCCGGCCCAGGCGCUGCUCAGUGCCCGCCUGCGGGGCGGCGACGCCGGCGCCUCCCGCUUCUUCCGCCAGAUGUUGCCCCCGUUUUUUCGGGUGCAGCUGCUGCGGCGAGAGCCGGAGGGGGACAUCGAGAUCUACGCGGUGACCCCCCGGGAGGGAGGGGGAGCCCCGCUGGAUCAGGGCAGGGGGGCGCAGCCCAUCCUAGCGUCUCUUACGGGGGGCUGGGGAGGUCCGGAGGGGGAUUAA